AUGCCAGACUUUGAGCUUGUUAUCUUCUCUGCCUCCGACGCCUACAAGGCUAAUCCAGCUGAGUCCAUAAAGCCAGUAGUGGAAUGGAUCAAAACCGUCGAGGGUUUGCUCAGCUUCCAGCAUGGCCUCCAGGUUGAGGACGACAAGCUCGGUUAUUUAUUCCUUGGCUGGGUCUCAGUUGAUAAACAUAAAGCUAUGAUGGAAGCCGAUUCAUACAAGGAGCUUAUCUCUUUACUUGGAAAACAUGUUCUUGCUCCCGGAGCAGGGCUCGAUAUCCAGCACAUCACCUACACCAACCUUCUCGAGGACGUUGUUUCUGCCCCAGUCACUGAGAUCGCAAUCUUCAAGCGGAAGGAAGGAAAAACAGAUGGCGAUGUUCUCAAGCUUUGGUCAGAGGUCUUCCAGCCGACCGUUAAGUCCAUGGAGGUCGGAUGGGAAUCCGUUGAGGCCCAUAAAGCUGCUAUAGCCGAUGAAAAUUACCAGGCUAAAGGGGCUAUAAUGUUCGGCGUCGUCGACCUCGUUGGCUAUGGUCACGUCAAAUUUUUAAAGGAAAUUUAG